GUUGGACGGAGAUCCCGAGAUGAAUAUCUCAAGGUGGCAUACCGAGUGCUCCCUCCUCCCGUUUUCCCCCGUAACAACAAUGCUGUAAAUUAAGUAGGGCGGAGAGAGAGACACACACAGAGAGAGAGAAGGAGAGGGAGAGAGACUGAGAGAGACACAGAGAGAAAGAGAGAGGGGGGAGAGAGAGAGAGACUGAGAGAGAGGCAGAUACACACACACACACAGACUGAGAGAGAAAGAGAGAAAGAGAGAGGGAGACAGAGAGAGACGGAGAGAAAGAAAGGGAGAGAGAGAGUGAUUGAGAGACAGAGAGACAGAGAGAGAGAGAGGGAGAGGGAGAGAGACUGAGAGAGACACAGAGAGAAAGAGAGGGGGUGAGAGAGAUUGAGAGAGACACAGAGAGACACAGAGAGUGAGGGAGAGGGAGAAAGAGAGAGAUUGAGAGAGACACACAGAGACACACACAGAGAGAGGGAGAGAGACUGAAAGAGAGGCAGACACACACACACACACACACACACAGAGAGAAAGAGAGAGGGAGGGAGACAGAGAGAGACACAGAGAGAAAGAGAGGGAGGGAGAGAGAGAUUGAGAGAGAGACAGACACACAUACACACAGACUGAGAGAGAGAGAAAGAGAGGGAGGCAGGGAGACAGACACAGGCAGAGACACAGAGAGAAAGAAAAAGGAGGGAGAGAGAGAGAUUGAGAGAGAGACAGAGAGACACACAGACACACACUACAGAGAGAGAGACACAGAGAGGGAGGGAGACACAGAGAGACACAGAGAGAAAGAAAGGGAGGGAGAGAGAGAGAGAGACAGACACACACACACACACACACACACACACACAGAGAGAGAGAGAGAGAGAGAGAGAGAGAGAGAGAGAGGUGUGUGUGUGUGUGUGUGUGUGUGUGUGUGUGUGUGUGUAGGUGAACCUGAGGUCACUUUAUGAGUUCCUCUGGAGCCAGAUGGCUUCAUUUCUUCAACGUCCUUGUUUCCAGAAGUCCUAGCUCAAGUCCUCCUUCUGAUCUUCUUCCUAAUACUUGGGUGGGUGAAGAAGGAACCUAAGCAAAGAUAAUCACCCCGUUCCGGAGGUUGAUAUUGUGUGCGGAGAAUAGAAAAGAGAUGGAAGACUGGAUUAGUUCGCUCAAGUCCGUCCAGUCCCGAGAACAUUACGAGGCGGCCCAAUUUAACGUGGAGCAUUUCUCAGGGAUGCACAACUGGUAUGCUUGUUCCCACGCGAGGCCAACUUUCUGCAACGUUUGCCGUGAGAGCCUCUCCGGAGUCACUUCCCACGGUUUGUCUUGCGAAGUAUGCAAGUUCAAGGCUCACAAAAGAUGUGCGGUUCGGGCAAUAAAUAAUUGCAAAUGGACAACGUUGACUUCAAUUGGAAGAGAUAUCAUUGAGGAUGAAGAUGGUGUAGCCAUGCCUCAUCAGUGGUUAGAAGGCAACCUUCCGGUCAGUGCCAAAUGUGCGGUGUGCGACAAAACCUGUGGCAGUGUUCUCCGCCUGCAAGAUUGGAAGUGCCUGUGGUGUAAGACAAUGGUGCACACGGCGUGCCGAGACUCGUAUCCGCGCAAAUGUCCCCUCGGCCAGUGCAAAGUCUCAAUUAUUCCGCCCACAGCACUGAACAGCAUAGAUUCGGACGGUUUCUGGAAAGCCACCUGUCCACCCACCUGUGCCAGUCCUCUCUUGGUUUUUGUGAAUUCGAAGAGCGGAGACAAUCAGGGCGUGAAAUUUCUCCGGCGCUUCAAGCAGUCCCUAAACCCAGCUCAGGUUUUCGAUUUAAUGAAUGGGGGACCCCACUUAGGUUUACGAUUAUUCCAGAAGUUUGACAAUUUCCGAAUCCUGGUGUGCGGGGGAGACGGGAGUGUCGGCUGGGUCUUGUCUGAAAUUGAUAAACUCAACCUACAUAAGCAGUGUCAUUUGGGAGUGUUACCGCUUGGGACGGGAAAUGACCUCGCCCGGGUUCUCGGUUGGGGAGGUUCCUGUGAUGAUGACACACAACUGCCUCAAAUUUUAGAAAAAUUAGAACGAGCUAGCACCAAAAUGCUCGACAGGUGGAGCAUCAUGUCGUAUGAACUGAGGAUGCCAUCCAAGCAAUGCAUCCUUCCAGUUACUCCCGAAGAAGACGCUGACGAUUGUCAGAUGUCUGCAUAUGAGGAUUCAGUUGCCACACAUCUGACAAAAAUCCUUGAUUCGGAUCAACACUCCGUUGUGAUAUCGUCCGCCAAGAUCUUAUGUGAAACUGUGAAAGGAUUUGUGGCCAAAAUAGGGAAGACUUGUGAGAGACCAGAGGAAAAUACAGAAACGGACGCCAUGGCUAUAAAAUGCUCGGAACUGAACGAGAAGUUAAGCCUCCUGCUCCAGGCUCUCCACUCUGAAACCCAGGUUAGUCCAAGCCUUUCCCACAUGGCUACGAUCCCCAUCGCUGAGGAAGAACCGGACGAGUCAUCGAGUGAAGAAUCUUUGUCGGAUGCCAAAGAACUGUUCACCGAGAACAACGCAGCAUCUCCGACCCAACAGAUGUUCAAAUCCCGAGAGCAGCUGAUGCUACGGGCCAACAGCUUAAAGAAAGCUCUGAGACAGAUCAUUGAGCAAGCAGAAAAAGUGGUGGAUGAACAGAAUGCACAUAGUGAAGAUCAAUUAAACCAGGCCACGAUGGACUAUAAUAAGGAAUUAGAGGAAUCCAAGGAAGAAAAAGACGAAGACACCAAAGAAUAUGAAUGUCAUCCGAUCCCAGUUGGUGUCGCCAGCAAGGAAAAUCUUCCAGUCCUGAACACAAGAAUAAUUUGUCCAGGUCUGAGAGCGGGUCUUGCUGCCUCUAUUGCGGGAAGCUCCAUUAUCAGCAAAAUGUUACUAGCAAAUAUUGAUCCGUAUGGCGCCACCCCUUUUAUUGAUCCUGACCCAGAAUCGCUGGAAGGCUAUUCAGAGAAGUGCGUCAUGAACAAUUAUUUCGGCAUCGGGUUGGACGCGAAGAUUUCAUUAGAAUUUAACAACAAGCGGGAGGAACAUCCUGAAAAAUGCAGAAGCAGGACCAAGAACAUGAUGUGGUACGGAGUCCUUGGUACGAAAGAGCUGUUACAACGGACUUACAAAAACUUAGAGCAGAAAGUUCAACUCGAGUGCGAUGGGCAAUAUAUCCCUCUUCCUAGCCUUCAAGGCAUAGCCGUUUUGAACAUCCCAAGCUACGCUGGUGGGACAAAUUUCUGGGGUGGAACCAAGGAAGAUGAUAUCUUCGGGGCGCCAUCGUUCGACGAUAAAAUCUUGGAGGUGGUGGCGGUAUUUGGCAGCAUGCAGAUGGCCGUUUCCCGGGUGAUCAAACUCCAACAUCAUAGAAUAGCCCAGUGCAGGGCGGUGAAGAUCACGAUACUUGGGGAUGAAGGAGUACCUGUUCAGGUCGAUGGGGAAGCUUGGAUUCAGCCCCCAGGCAUCAUUAAAAUUGUGCACAAGAACCGAGCCCAGAUGCUAACGCGAGACAGAGCCUUUGAAAGUACAUUAAAAUCUUGGGAAGAUAAACAGAAGUGUGAUUCUUGCAAACCAGGAUUACGGUCCCCGUUGUAUCCGCACCAGGCGGUGGAACUGGCUUCGGAGGAAGAGACGACACAGAUCCAGGCUUGUUCUCAGGUGGCGGAAGAGCUGAUUACCAGAAUCUGUGAAGCUGCCAAAAUUCACAGCCUCCUGGAGCAAGAACUGGCUCAUGCAGUGAAUGCUUGUUCUCAUGCUUUAACCAAAGGCGGCCCGAAAUUCCCUGAGAUCCUUACCAGAAAUACCGCGCUGGAAAUAGCUGCCACUGUGAAGGCAUUACAUGAUGAAACGGAGUCCUUGUUAAUUGGGAAGGUCUCAUUGCAAUUGGAAUCCCCUUGCGAGGAGUUGCUGGUGUCGGCGGUGCACAAUCUGGAGACCGAACUGAGAAAGUUGGGCGAAAUUCCUUGGCUCUGCUAUAUUCUGCAGAUGAAUGAUGAUGAGGAUCCUCCUUUGGAAUACUGUAAGAGAAACAGCCGAAGUACCAUGUUUCGUAUAGUGCCAAAGUUUAAAAAGGAAAAGGUUCAAAAACAGAAGACUGGCACCCAGCCUGUUCAGAAAUGGGGCACGGAUGAAGUCGCUUCUUGGUUGGACCUGCUGAGUUUGGGAGAAUACAAAGAAACUUUCAUCAGCCACGACAUCCGAGGGGCCGAACUUUUACACCUGGAGAGGCGAGAUCUGAAGGAUUUGGGGAUAACGAAAGUGGGUCAUAUGAAGCGAAUUCUUCAGGGAAUUAAAGAAUUUGGCAGGAGCCCACCGUUACCGGAACUGUAGCUGUGCCAGCUGCUCCGUCGAGGAAGUGCUACUUACACAAAGGUGUAGAAGGACGUGGAUUCCUUCCGGGCGAGUAAAUGCCAGGUUGUGAGAAGAGCAUUAACUCUGAUCGGGGCGAGGUUUGAUGAACCAGCUGAAUGAGAGUAUCCAAAAGGUUUUGUGGUUCUAAAUCAAUCUUUUAAUGACCCGAUAAUCCCUUGCGGGGUGGAGUCUUGGCAACUGAAUGGAGCUGAGUGUUUACUGGCCGGAUGCCCUUCCCUGUCGCCAAUGCAGAGUUUUGUCCAGCAGAUAUAUUCUCAUUGUGCCCAGAGAGAGAAAUAUCUGCCUCUACCUAGGAUCGAACUCACAGCCUCCUGAUUGUGAGGCAAGAGCUCCACUUCUAGGCCACCGCACUAUUGUUUUGUGGGUCUAAAAAGCCUGUGAAAUAUAUUACGAGAAGUAAUCGAAAUGUCUCCAUUACAGUAAAAAAACAAACCAACACCACCACGUUUCCCGGGUAGCAUGUACGUUAUUUGGACCCUGAUAAUCCUUUCAGGUUCUUUCAAUUUGCAAAUGACGAAUCGUUUUACAAAAUGAGAUUGUUCUGUUUUGACAAAUCCUUGAAGCUUCACUUUAUCCAGAGCCUCCAGUGUCUUCGUAGACUCGAUCCCAUCCGGAUGUUUCGGUGGUACCUCAAAACCAUCCUUCUCUCGGGUUUUUCCCCCCCCCCUCAUUGGCCGAAAAUAACGUUGGAUGCCGUGAACGGACAUGCCAAAACGCCCAAAAUGCCUGCCUGUUUGCAUGAUAACUUCUUACACUUGAAGAACUUUUAUAUCUGUUUUAAUAAGGUUUAAUUUAUUACUGUUUUUUUUUCAGGGGGCGGGUGGGUGUUAGGGAUUUUAUUUUUUUUCUCCUGAUGUGAUAGAAACAUGCUGCGUGUGGUGGACAUAACUGCCGUAUUCUAGCUGUGAAAAAUGUCUUCUACUCUGGCUUCGGGUAAUUUCAGAGUAUUUUGAAAAUUGCUAGAACACGGCAGGUUUAGGAUUUGGUUUCCUGAGGGAGAAUGAUCUGAACCUUUUAUCAACCUCAUGGUUGAUAAAAUAUGCAACGCUUACUCACUUCCUUAAAAGCAAACUCAAGUUGAAUCUCCAACGUCUGAGCGUCAAAAUGUGGCGGCCGAGCGACUCGAAGUGCAUCAGAUCUGAUGAACAUCAAGAUUAUGCAAUUUUAAUGAAAUAUGGAAAGGUUACAGAGCCUGGUCUUUAACGCAUGCAUUAAGCCAAUUAUAUAUAUAUUUUUAAAAAAAUCAGUUUAGAGAUGGAUUUAACUCAUCAGAAGUAUUGUUAUCCAACCAUUUUGUUAAUAUGGACUGGAAAAUUUGGUUGAUUGGAGCAGAAAAAAAGACAUUCCUUUUUGCUGAAAAUCAUGCAUCUGCUUCAGAGCCAGGAAACCUCGGAUUCUAGAUAUUGUGGAAUCCAGGAAGAUCAGCAGAGGAAUCCAGAAAAGUUAAGAUGGUAUCUCGAUGGUGGGCCCACUCUGAAUGAACUACAGCUCCCAACAGCCACCGCAGUUGUCUAUGGAGAUUCUCCAUCAUCCAAGGUCAAGGUUUUCCCACAGGUGUUUUUUUCCAAAAGACAACUGGACUUUCUUCUUCUUUCUUAAUUCCUUUGAAAAUGUUUCGUUUCUCAUCCUAGAAGCUUCUUCAAUUCUCAGUGAAGAGAACUGAAGUGAACAGAAGAAGCUUCUUGGAUGAGAAGCGAAACAGAAGCGAAACAAAGCACCUGAAGGCAGGACAAGAAGCCAUGGAUGAAAACUAAUCAAGGAGAGAAGCAACCUGGAAUUAAGGAGAAAUUUCCUGACAGAACAAUUAAUCAGGGGAUGACUUGCCUCCAGAAGUUGUGAAUUCUCCAACACUGGAAGUUUUUAAGAAGAGAUUGGACAAACGUUUGUCUGAAAUUGUAUAGGGCCGUGAUGGUGAACCUACGGCACGCGUGCCACAGGUGACACACGGAGCCAUAUUGGUGGGCAUGCAACUGUUGCCCUAGCUCAGCUCCAGAGCGCAUGUCCGCGCCGGCCAGCUGAUUUUCGGGCCUUCCGGUCCCACUGGAAGUUGGGAAAUGGGCCGUUUCCAGCCUCCGGAGGGCCUCCGAGUGUGUGGGGAAGGCUGUUUUUGCCCUCCCCAGGCUCCUAGAAAGCCUCUGGAGCCUGGGGAGGGUGAAAAAUGGGCUUCCAAUCCCACUGGAAGUCGGGAAAUGGGCCGUUUCUGGUCUCCGGACGGCCUCCAGCAGGGUGAGGAGGGCUGUUUUAACCCUCCCCAGGCUCCAAGAAAGCGUCUGGAGGGAGAAAAACAGGCCUACCAGGCCCACCGAGCCAUCGCAUGCCAAAACCAGGGGGAAGUGUGGGGAGAAUCACAUGCACAUGCGCGGGAGGGCAGGGCGCAUUGAAUUAUGGAUGUGGGCCUGCACGCCUGCGACCCCCUCAUGCUCCCCCUGCUUUUGUCACGUGACGGCAAAAAGGUUAGCCGUCACUGGUAUAGGGUCUCCUGCCUGAGCACGGGGUUGGACUAGAAGACCUCCAAGAUCCCUUCCAACUCUGUUAUUCUAUUCUAUUCUGUUUUGUUCUGUUGUGUUCUGUUCUAUUCUGUAUAUUUUCUAUUUUCUAUUUUCUAUUUUCUAUUUUCUAUUUUCUAUUCUAUUCUAUUCUAUUCUAUUCUAUUCUAUUCUAUUCUAUUCUAAAAAAAACCAAGUUCAGUUGUCCUUUGGAAAAAGCGCCUGUGGGAUUUCCCAUUUGUGGGCUCUUAAAUUCCUUCCGCCAGCUUUUAAAGCAUUACAAGCUAACCAUUAUACAGGGAACUGAAGAUUGUGUCUGAAUCAGGACUGAAUUCCAUUUCUCCAAACAGUCAGACCCUCAACUCUAGUUCAAUAGUUUGUUUCCAGGUUGGGUUUCUCUAACAACCCCAAUGUCCUGCUUCUCACAUUAAACUAAGUUUUUGUCCUCUUGGCUAGUGUCAGUUAUAGUCCUCGGUUUACAACUGUCCAUUUAGUGACUGUUCGACUUGUUAGCAGGUCGCGAAAGGAGAUCACAUGACCCUGGGAAAUUACAACCGUCAUAAGUACAUGCCAGUUGCCAAGCCUCUGAAUUUUGAUCACCUGACCACAACGGUUGUGUGAAAAAAAACGAUCAUGUCAUUUUUUUCAAUGCCGGUCAAUCAAGGAACUGUUGUAAAACGAGGAUUUCCUGUACUAAAAUUACUGAAAGUCACAGAAAUUAACUUUAGAACAAGCCUUUCAAAGCUUAACUGCCACUAAAGAUAGCAACAUCUACUCAAGAAGGGGAAUAUGAAAUAUAUUAAAUGUUUACUUACUUAAGAUUUAAGAUGGCUUAGUGGAUAUGUGCAAACACUUUUCAUGGAAUUGUGUGCAAAGCAAAGGAAAGCAACAGGGAUUUGGCUUGGAAAGCAAAUCGCUUGUAAACCGACCUCACUUACUGAAACCUUCGUGGGAAGUUUACGUAUUUUCUCAGCGUUUACAUCAAUAUUUGCCCCAGAUUGCAUUUGUUAACUACACUCAUUUUGAUAUUUUGCCAUACCUAUCGCAUUCUUGGCUCACAGAGUUGCAAAUACCGCUCUGCUAUGCACAAUAAUACUUUUUCUUUUUCUUUUUUAAACCCUUGUGGGUUAAAAAAAAGGAAAUAACAGAAGGCUGGCAUGGACCGAAAAAGAGGCUAUAAUUAUUCUUAAUUUAGCCACGAUUACUCGCUCUGUGCUUUUCCCCUUUCGGAAUAUUAAUAUGCUGUUCUAGGGAAGGGAACAAUGCAUUAGCUAGAAUAUCCCGAAUGCAGAAAAUUAGAUUUUUUUAAAAAAGAAAAAAAAAAAAAUCCUUGAAAUAGAAUUUUCCCUGCUGCUUCCUUGUGAUUUAAUUAAAGCCGUGUUCUAAAUUCGCACAAAAAGUUAGUUGUUCUUUCUAACUAACUGUGUUUUUAUCUUAAUCUUUCUUUUUUUUUUUCCCCAGUCCGGAAAAUAAAAAGAAAGUCCUUUUAGAAAAACUGUAUUCAGUCAGCAUAGCUAUUGUGUUUCCCCUCCCAACGCAUAAUAACUCACAGUUAUUUGAUUCCUAUAGUCCUAAAUUUUUUUCUUGAAGAUAGCAAGCGGAUGCGUACAAGGGUUUAAAAAAGGCCUACAAUCAUGGACUAGGGGUCCCAUCAGAGGUGGGUUCCAGCAGAUUCUAACCAGUUCUGGAGAACCGGUAGCGGAAAUUUUGAGUAGUUCGGUAAAUAUCGCUUCUAACUGGCUCCGCCCCAUCUAUUCUCUGCCUCCCGAGUCCCAGCUGAUCGGGAGGAAAUGGGGAUUUUGCAGUAACCUUCCUCUGCAGUGGGGAGGGAAUGGAAAUUUUAUAGUAUCCUUCCCCUGCCACGCCCACCAAGCCAUGCCACACCCACCAACCCACACCCACAGAACCGGUAGUAAAAAAAUUUGAAACCCACCACUGCGUCCCAAUCUUGAAAUUUAUUUUUGACUUCCUUCUUUGUGGAUACACCUGGAAGGUGGGUUGCCAGUUUAACACAGGUGGUCCUCGACGCACGACCACAACGGACCCCAAAAUUUCUGUUGCUAAGCGAGACAUUCGUUGAGUGAGUUUUGCCCCAUUUUACGAGCUUUCUUGCCACGGUUGUUAAGUGAAUCUGGCUUCCCCGUUUUGACUUUGCUUAUCGGAAAAUGGCAAAAGGUAGCUCACGUGACUGUGGGACACUGCGACCAUCUUAAAUAAGAGUCAGUGGCCAAGCGGCUGAAUUUUGAUCGCCUGACCAUGGGAUGUUGCAAUGGUCGUUAAGUGUGAAAAACGUCCAUCGGUCACUUUUUUCCUGUGUCGCUGUAACUUCGAGCGUUCACUAAAUGAAUUUUUGUAAGUGGAGAACUACCUGUAUUCAUUCGAUCUGCUCCAAUCUCCUGGUUUUCCCAGCGUUCGACAGCCACAGUGUGAUAUAUUUAGUGUUGAUCUACUUAGUCGAAGAAUAACAGAGUUGGAAGGGACCUUGGAGGUCUUCUAGUCUGACCCCCUGCUCAGGCAGGACACCCUGUACUAUUUCAGACAAAAUGGUUGUCCAAUCUCUUCUUAAAAACCUUCAGUGUUGGAGCAUCCACAAUUUCUGGUGGCAAGCUGUUCCACUGGUUAAUUGUCCUCACUGUCAGGAAAUUUCUCCUUAGUUCCAGGUUGCUUCUCUCCUUGGUGAGUUUCCAUCCGUUGUUUCUUGUCCUCCGACUUAAGUGCUUCGGAGAAUGCAAAAUUCUUAUUGUUGAAUGAGUGUGCCAUUAUCAGUGGAAACACACAAUCCUGAAUCUUAACUCUGGGUUCCAGCACCCUGCUGAUAUAGAAAUGGAUUUUAAUUCUAUAUAGAUAGGGUCGGUUUGAACCUGUCAUUCAAAAUGAAGGAUCUUCAUUUUAACAGCAACGAGGAUUAUAUUCGCACAAUACUGGAAAAAAUGAAGAUAUACUGUGAGAUGAAGAGAUAGUGAGGAAGAUGCUAGAUUGUGCAGAAAUGGAUAGAUUGACAUUGAAAAUUAAAGAGAAAGAGAAUGUAGAAUACUAUCAAACAUGGAAUUUAUUUUACCAAUGGUUGGGGAAAAAAGGGGUGGAGAUUAACAAUGCAAAUUUGUAUUGUUAAACAAAUUAAAUACCCAGGCAACCCAAUGUUUAUUAAGCAGUAAGAAAUGUAUUUCAUAGAAAAUCUAUAUAUAACUCUGUAAAAUGGGGAAAAUAAGGCUGGUGGUGGGGGGGCAGGCAUAAAAGAAAUAAUGAAUUUGCAAUUUGAGAAACCGAGGAAUCAAGUUAUCUGAAUUAGAAGUAAGGAACUUCGGUAUCGUGCUGAUGGUAAGGGAAAGUCCUGAAAAGUCAUCAGGUUAAAAAUCAAAGAAGAGAUUAAAAAGCACAGAGGUGUUAAAACAAAAUACGCAGUGUGAGAUACUUAGUACGUGUUUACACAUUAUAUACAUAUAUAUAUAUAAAACCUUUCUUGCCACAGUUGGUAGGUCCCUGCAAUUGUUAAAUUAGUAAUGUGGUUUUUAAGUGAAUCUGGCUUCCCAAUGGACUUUGUUUGUCAGAUGGUCGCAAAAGAGGAUCAUGUGCCCCAGGAUGCUGCAACUGUCAUAAGUACAUGCCAGUUGCCAAGCCUCUGAAUUUUGAUCAUGUGACCGUGGAAAUGCUGCAAAGUGUGAAAAAACAGCUGUAAGUCACUUUUUUCAGUGCCAUUGUAACUUUUUUUUUUGAAAAAAGUUUUUUAUUUUUAUUUUUCGUCAACAUGUUUAAAUGUACAGUCUUUUAUCCAUCUUUAUCCAUUAUUCGUUCAUCUUCUUCUUUAACUUCCAUUAGGUGAUUAAUUAAUUAUUUGUUCGGGUCUGCUCUUUUACCAUUUCCUUCUUUUGUUUUCCUACAACCUUUCCUUUUUCCCCUCCCUUUCUUUCUCCUCCUUUCUUUCUUCUUUCCUCAUUCCUCCUCUCCUUUCCUACUUCCUUUCCUCUUUCCUCUCUCCUCUCUUCUUCCUCCCCUUCUUACCCUCUCUCCUGCUCUUCUUUCCCCUUCCUUCUUCCUCUCCUUUUCCCAUUCUUGUGCCAUUGUAACUUCAAAUGGUCACUAAAUGAAUUGUUGUAAAUCAAGAGAGAUUACUACCUGUAAUCUCUCUCUUUUUUAAAAAAUCAGUUUUUAAACAAGCUUUUGAUAAUGCACCGUAGAACCAUAAGCAGGAAAGGACUGGAUCUGGAUGGCGUUAAAGUUAUUUGAUUUGAAUCUAUUAAUUUGUCCAAUAUAGUAUAGAGCCCCCUGCUUAAGCAUGGGGUCAGACUAGACGACCUCCAAGGUCCCUUCCAACUCUGUUAAUAAGAAAUCAUAUGCUUCCAAAGGCACUCUCAGUGUGAAGAAACGGAAUAAAAUUCCCAACUGUUAGAUUUGUAAAUAUUUUCCCAUAGUAUGCUUGGUUUUAAUUCAAUUCUUGGAAAAAUUUUACAAGUGAUAAAUAAUGGGGAUUACGGAAAAUCGGAUUUCUUAAUACAGAAAUAAUAGGAACAUCUAGAUGAGAUUAUAGCUCGAUGUUACUCAACCUUGGAAGCUUUGAGCUUUUUAUGGACUUCAUGAUUGGCUGGGAUUAGAAGCCAACACAACUUAAAGUUUCCAAGGUUGGGUAACACCAGUCUAGACAUCAGAAUCUCCAUUUUUUGCCAACUAUUUCAUAAAAUUUAAAGUGGUUUGACUUUUUUUUUUAAAUACUAAGUCAAGAUAUUCAGGGAUAAUAAUCCUUGUGAAAAAGCCAGUUAGGUUAAAAAAUAUUAUGCGGACUCAUAAAACAGUUAUUUUUUUCUCUAGAAUCAGGACGUAGAUGAAAGUCACAAUUUUGUUCCCCAUGCGUGUGAUUUAGCAGUAGCUCACAUUUCUGUGCUUGAUUUCGUUCCUCUUUGGAGAAUGGUGAAUACGCCAAUCCCUCUAUUUUUAAAUAGAUGUAGGAACCAAAUUAAUUAUGCUAAGAGUUCACUACAAUUAAUGGGAGUUAUGUUAGCCAUAUAAAACGUCCCAUUGAUUGCAAUGAGUUGAAGUAUGGCGACAUCCACAGUCAGCCAGAGGCUGAAACAAUCUAAAUGAUCUCCGUCCAUGUGAUUAUUAGUUGAUUUGCAAUUACAGGUAGUUCUUGACUUACAACAGUUUGUUUAGUGACCAUUCAAAGUUACAACGGCGCUGAAAAAAGCAACUUACGACCGUUUUUCACAGUUACGCCCUUUGUAGCAUCCUCACAAUCACGUGAUCCAAAUUCAGACACUUGGCACCUGCUUCAUAUUUAUGACGGGUGCAGCGUCCCAAGGUUACGUGAUCCUCUUUUUGCGACCAUCUGACAAGCAAUGUCCAUGGAGGAAGCUGGAUUCACUUAACAACCGGGUUAUUGACUUAUCAACGGCAGCGAUUCACUGUGGCAAGAAAGGGACAAAAUUCACUUAACAAAUGUCACGCUUAACAACAGAAAUUUUGGGUGUCCGUUGUGGUCCUAUGUCGAGGUCUACCUGUACUGCAAAGAUUAGUUUUGUCGUUUUAAUUUCUUUACAGGUAUACUGAUCAUGAGAAAUAGGUCUGUAAUCCAGGCAGAGAUAAAUAGAUUCCCUGCCUGCAUCAUGAAAAAAUUGUGUGAAUUUUCCACUGGCUAUCAGCAGCUUUCAAAGCCCUGUAUCCAAUCUCUAGGCUCUCCAAAUUAGAGAGACCCUUUGGGAUAUUUUGCAAAUCACCCAGGCUGUGAUUUCUGCCUAGGGUUACAAUAAUGAUGAUAAUAAUAAUAAUCAAAAAAAUUUAAAUCUUAAAUCCGUGAUGAAAUCUGCUGAGCAGAGAAUGCUUUUAAGUUUGGGAAUUUUUAUUUACUAGUAUUUUUUUUUUAAGGAAGCAGUGAGUUUUGGUUGUUUACAAACUGUUUACAGCAGCACAGGUUUAUUUUUUAAAAUAUAUAUAUAUAUGAAAACCGAGAUAUUUAUUGCAUAUACUAUUUUGAAAGAUGUUUUAAUGUGUUUUGCACCUUUGGGAUAUAUUGUUACAUUGCUGUGUACAGACUAUUUGGGCGGUUCUGUUAAUAGUAAUUUUAUGAUUCCUUAAGUGACCAGUUUUUUUUUUGUGCCUUUCUAUCAUUGGACGCAUGAUUACUUAUUUAUUAUUGUAUGGAAGUCACGGAGACGUGUAUUUUUGUAUGCUGUUGGAAACGAUAAUUGACUUUAUUCUACUUUUACAAGAGCCCUUCUUUUCAAGGGGGCUUAUUUGAUCUUCCUUCCGAAAUAAACACAUGCAUACAAAA